UUUUACACGUGUUGUACAGUCCGUGCACAAUGCAGACAGGUGAGAUCGCACCUGCUCCGACAGGAAGGUCCUGUUUUGACGUCGGAGCGAAAAUACCACGAAGUGAACGUGUUUAUUGCUGAGCAGAAAUCGUCUUUGGAGGCUCAAUGGAAGCUCGACACGAUGGCGUGCGCGCCAGCCACCGUUUUGGCCCUGCUCCUGAAUUAUCUGGCAUCAUCUAAAGGUGUUCUGUCUCCUCCACUCAAUCUGAGUGUGGAGUUGCUGGACUUCAAGGCUUUGGCUCGCUGGCUUCCUGGACCAGGGAACCCUAAAGAAACCAGAUAUUUCCUUGAGUUUAUAGACAUUGUCAGUCUAUCAGUGUCACCAUGGUAUCAAACCAGCGAUUGCACAAAUAUCACCUCGACGCAAUGCUACUUAUUUCUCAACCAGAGAAUUCAGACUGAGUAUUUUGUGCGAGUCAUGGCAGAAUGGAAGGAGGAGCGAUCGACCUGGACGCGACUGCCACGUAGCAUCCAGCCGUAUGAAUACACUGUUCUGAGUGCUCCGAAUCUGACUGUGUUUGCCGAACCACAUUCCAUAUCGAUUUUCUUCAGCCAUCCGGUCCAGUUCCUUACAGAAGUGCAGAUGAGAUUCUCCGUUGAUCUUUUUCAGAUCUCUAACAACGCAGCAAAGAAGCAUAUUGCCCAGAAUGUAACUACAAGAUUUUCCCGCUUUGUGGAUCUGCCCUCUGGGAACUACUGCAUCAAUGCUUCUGCCUUCAUCACAGCGGGGUCCAAAUACAAUAACAACGCCACGAUAUGCGUUUUUCUGCAUCAUGAAUAUAAAGCAAAAGGAAAAGAGCAUGUGAUAAUGGUGGGGGUUCUGAUACUGAUGUGCAUUCCUGCUGCAAUUGGUUUGAUCCUGGUCUACUUCUAUGUAAACCCAAAUAGCAUCAGCUACAUCCCUAAAGCUCUGCGUAUUAUAGAAGAAACUAGAAACUGGGCUUUAACACUGACCUCUGAGGAACUCUCUACUAUUCCACUUUCAUGGCUGUUUACAAAUCCCUCACCCCAGGAAACGGAUGAGAACUUAGCUCAGGGCUACGGCUAUGAGGGAAUCACAGGCAACAUCCACCCUGAUAUCGAGAACGAGGCUCCAGGCCCAGAUUUCUACAGCACUGCUGCAAACAUGGAGGAGACGGACGAAUAUCCAGUGCAGACAGGAUCGACCGAGAAUCUGCCGAGCGCCACAUUCGUCCAAAACCCGACGGAUGAAAAUGUUUCAUUCGUGUUUGAUAAAGAACCUUGCUACUUUGAUUCCUGGUUUAUGCGAAGCAGCUCAUCGGAAGAGGAGAUAGACAGCGUGCAUUCGGAUUCCGAUUUGGGAAAACACUACGAGCCUAGACCCGACCCACGCAUGUGUACUGGAUGGUGAUUUUAGAUCGCAACGAUGAAGUGUAUGAUAUUUAAAACUGAUAUGUUCAAUAUUCACAACUGAUACGCUCAAUAUUCCAAACUCAUACAUGGUGCUUUUUUUUGACAACCCAGCUAACAUAUGUAGCUUUGGGCGAAAUACCGGGGUGGUUGAAAAGAACAUUUUAACAACAACAAGGCUGUGACCGAAAAAUAAAUUCUUUUUAAAUAGAUGAUUGACAGCUUUUAAUUAACCCAAAACCCAACUAUCCUGGUCACAGGCAUGUCAUUUAUGAAUGCAAUAAAUUAUGCAUGCUAUAAAAGACAUGCAUUUCACUCACACGGAAGGGAAUUACGGCCAACAUACUGUACAGAAGCAGCUUUUGAAUGCAGGCUGCUCUGCAGGUUCAGAAUUUCCGUCAUGGCCUUACAAUAUUUUAGUGUUUUCCUCAGAUUACUCAGGGGAGGCUGCUAGUAAGGCGAUUGAGGAAAAUGUGAAAACUGUACAGGAUGAGGAUUUGACUAGGAUUUGAAGCAUAUGUAGAUUUAAUGGUACCUUAUAUUAUUUUUUUUAUAAGGGGUGGUUUGGAAGACUUUACAUCAUAUGCAUGCAAUUUGUAAAUGAAAGCUCUCCCUUAUGUGGGGCGUAUUUUUUUAUUUUAUUUUUUUAGCAAAAGUGUGUCAGUGAGGGAACAAAUUCCCAAGUGUAUAGAUGUGGUGCUUUUUUUUAUAUAUAUAUAGUAUAUAAAUUAAUAACAAAAAAUUUCCGUAAUGAAGACCGUUAUGAAGGACCACAAAAACAGGUGUAAACGCAAAAGAUUUGUAUAUGUAAUUAGAUAUAUAUAUAUAUAAUGUGUACAUCGAUCAGGUAUUGUGAGCUGUUAAGUGAAUAACACUGAUUAUCUCGGUGAGUGGGAUAUAUUUAUUAGGCAGCAAGCAAACAUUUUGUCCUUAAAGUUGUUGAAGCAGGAAUUGAAGUGUGGAAACAAAUUGAGACGUCUAGACGUCUGGGUCAGAGCGUCUCCAAAACUGCAGCUAUUGUGGGCUGUUCCCUGUCUGCAUGGUCAGUAUCUAUCAAAAGUGCUCCAGAGUAGGACCAGUGGUAAACUGAUGACAGGGUCAUGGUCGGCCAAGGCUCAUUGAUGCACGUGAGGAGCGAAGGCUCUUCCGUGUGGUCCGAUUCAACAGUGAAGCUACAGACGAGAUCGACGAGCUGUUUUUGCAGCAAAAGGGGGACCAACACAAUAUUAUGCAGGUGGACAUGGUUAUACCGGAUUUUAUAUAUAUAUUUAUAAUUUCUUUUUUCGUUGCCCUAAACAGGGUUCUAUGAAGCAUCGGGAAUGAUUUAAAAUCAGCUGCUACCUCUUUAAGUCUGGAACAUUUAUGAUCUGUGAAGCAUGAUGAAAGAGAUUCAAGACUUUUUU